ACACACACACACACAGACCACAAUCUCUGCACACCCUUAACGGGAUCCAGCAUGGAGAGGAGCUCCAGCUGCGAGAGCAUAGCCUCUAAGGAGGCUCCGCCCGCCACCGGCCAGCCCAGCCCGGAUUCCCUCUCCAGUGCCUCCACCUCUCAUUCAGAUCAUUCGGCGCGAACAAAAUCUGCUUCCGUCGUCUCAUCGGAUUCCGUCUCCACUUCCACAGAAAAUUUUUCUCCGGAUCUAAGGGUUCUCAGGGAAUCUAAUAAAUUGGCUGAAAUGGAGGAGCCCCCGUUGCUACCAGGAGAAACCAUUAAAGACAUGGCAAAAGAUGUUACGCACAUCUGCCCAUUCACCGGCGCCAUUAGAGGAACUCUGACAGUUACAAAUUACAGGCUAUAUUUUAAAAGCAUGGAAAGGGACCCUCCGUUUGUUCUUGACGGUCCUCUGGGCGUGAUCAACAGAGUGGAGAAAAUUGGAGGCGCUUCUAGCCGCGGCGAAAAUUCAUAUGGCCUGGAGAUUGUGUGUAAGGAUGUCCGGAACCUCCGGUUUGCGCAUCGCCCCGAGGGCCGCACGAGAAGGUCCAUAUUUGAGAACUUGACAAAAUACGCGUUUCCCGUGUCAAAUCAUUUGUCUCUCUUUGCAUUUGAAUACAAAGAGGUUUUCCCAGAAAAUGGCUGGAAGGUUUAUGAUCCUGUUGUGGAGUAUAGGAGGCAGGGGAUUCCUAACGAAAGCUGGAGAAUGACCAAGGUGAACGAGCAGUACGAACUGUGCGACACCUACCCUGCCCUCCUGGUGGUUCCUGCCAACAUCUCGGACGAGGAGCUGAAGCGGGUGGCUGCAUUCCGAUCCAGGGGACGCAUACCUGUUUUGUCCUGGAUUCACCCGGAAAGCCAAGCCACGGUCACGCGCUGCAGCCAGCCGAUGGUUGGCGUGAGUGGGAAACGAAGCAAAGAGGAUGAGAAGUAUUUGCAGUCCAUCAUGGACUCCAACGCUCAGUCCCACAAGAUAUUCAUCUUCGAUGCCAGGCCAAGUGUGAACGCUGUAGCCAACAAGGCCAAAGGAGGAGGAUAUGAAAGUGAGGAUGCCUAUCAGAAUGCAGAGUUGGUUUUCCUGGACAUCCAUAAUAUCCACGUUAUGAGAGAGUCGUUGAGGAAGCUGAAAGAGAUUGUAUAUCCCAACAUAGAAGAGACACACUGGCUGUCUAAUUUGGAAUCCACCCAUUGGCUGGAACACAUCAAGUUGAUUCUCGCCGGCGCUCUUCGUAUUGCCGACAAAGUGGAAUCGGGGAAGACUUCCGUGGUCGUGCAUUGCAGCGACGGUUGGGACCGGACGGCGCAGCUCACCUCUCUUGCCAUGCUUAUGCUAGACGGCUACUACCGGACAAUCCAGGGCUUUCAAGUGCUGGUGGAGAAGGAAUGGCUGAGUUUCGGGCACAGAUUCCAGCUGAGAGUCGGUCACGGAGACAGGAACCAUGCAGAUGCAGACCGAUCUCCUGUUUUCCUCCAGUUUGUUGACUGUGUCUGGCAGAUGACAAGACAGUUUCCCACCGCGUUUGAAUUCAACGAGUGCUUCUUGAUCACCGUCCUGGACCACCUGUACAGCUGCUUGUUUGGGACAUUCCUGUGUAACAGCGAGCAACAGAGAGUCAAAGAGGGCCUUCCCAAAAAGACGGUUUCGCUGUGGUCUUAUAUAAACAGCCAGCUCGAAGACUUCACCAAUCCCCUCUAUGCCAGCUACACCAACCACGUUUUGUAUCCCGUGGCCAGCAUGCGCCACCUGGAACUCUGGGUAGGCUACUACAUCAGGUGGAACCCGCGGAUGAAGCCACAGGAGCCGUUGCACAACCGCUACAAGGAACUCCUGGCCAAACGAGCCGAGCUCCAGAAGAAGGUGGAAGAGCUCCAGCGAGAGAUCACCAACCGUUCCACUUCCUCCUCUGAGAGAGGCAGCUCUCCUGCCCAGUGUGCCACCCCAGUCCAGACUGUGGUAUGACGCAGCUUGCAAGACUCUUCGAUUCGUCAUCUCUCCAGAAUCACGCGAUCAUGGCAGCUUGUCCGGAAAUGGAAACUUCAAAAAGAGAAAACUUUGCGAACUUAGAAAGCAGGUCAGACACACUAUUUAUUUUGCUACGUCCCUGCACCAGGGUUUAUUAUUAUUAUUAUUUUUAAGGAUGUAACGCUACAGGAAGAGAAAGCCUUUCUUUCUUUCUUUUUUGUUCUGCUUAUUGUCGUUUAAAGGCGUCAUAUAUAAUUAUCUUACUCGGGACACUAGUUACAAGGAAGCUUGCUGGCACAGCCUCCCGAGACGAAACCAGGACACUUGUUCAUUGAGC